UGGGGACAUGAAAUUCGCGUUAAUACGCCGGAAGCCAAUAUUAUCAACGCGGAACGGCUCGCAUGGGACAACAAUUACCUGAUUCUGUCCGCCGAAGGUAGAGGACACUAUAUAGGUUGCAACCUGUCGGUUACCAACUUUCAAGGCACGUGGUGGGGUGAAGGCGAUGAUAUGAUCUGGGUCGAUGGCUAUAAGUGGCCCCCAGAUCUGCACGGUACAGGUUCAGAAGAUUAUCUCAACCAAGCUUGGGGAAUGCAACAGAACGCGUUUGCACACAACGGUUCCUCUAUCUACGAAAAUAAUAUCGACGGCUACCAGACCUCCUAUGUCUAUCACAUUGAAAACCCGAUCCGCUUCGAGAAAGAGAUACGGGUUACGAUAGAGCACGGACACGGGAACCAUCUCAGCAAUGAGACGUCCUCUGUCGCAUACUGGUACCAAAUCGAACCCCAUACGCCCUUCGGUGUGCUACCUGUCGCUCAACGCAAGCCCGUGCUGAAGGACGAAUCUGGGGCAUGGCAGAUUGAAGCAUCUGCCCAUGACCACCGUCGAUGGCGCGAAGAACUCGUGCCUCGAAUGACGACAUGAAAGCCAAAAAACAUCGCCGAACCGCAGAAAAAAAAAUGCUCACCGGUUUUCAACAGUUUUUAGCCACUUGCAUCGGAAUACGGAGAAGAGACCGACCCAUCGGUUUCCGAUGCACAGCAGAGUGACGAACACCAAACCGAAUCGGAAUUCGCAACUGACGAUAAUUCCACGAAUGAUGCUGAAUCCGCAGCAUCAGAUAUCUCCGAUACCCCGGUUUCUGAACCCUCGGAAACCGAAAACAGUCUUUUCGAGCUGUCUG